AUGCCGGACAAAGUCAUAGGACCAAACAGGACCAAGGAACCUGGGCCGCAACCCUAUCGUGACUUGAUCUAUUGUCUCUACCCAGGCUGCCAUUCACAGGGGUUCCGACAAGGCGUAGACCUCGAAGAGCACUACAAGUCGGCGCACAUACCGUCCGUCCCUGUGCCCGGUGGCAAAUCCGCGCGCAUGUCCGCAGCGCUGGAUCCCUUCGACCGACUCGACGUCUUCCUGGACACGCUGCAGAAGAAUGCCGACGUCGACAAGGCGGCCGACGAGGAGAGCACCCGGAGCACAGACUCUUUACAGCAACCCACCAAGCAGACGGCACAAGCCGGCUGGAGGUGGAGGUGUGCCAAGUGUUCGCAGAUCAUCGACCUCGAUUGUUACGGCUACGUCUGUCCGUUCUGCCGGCAGACUUGA